UCUCUUUUCCCCCUCAGUCUCAAUCUCUCUUCUCUCUCUCUCUCUCUCUCUCUCUCUCAAAACAUUUUCAGCAGCCGUUCUCUAUCAAAACAACAGAAGCCAUGGCAAACAGCUUCUUUGUUAGCCAUUUUUCUUGGAAUUCCUGUGAAGAUAAAGAAUUAAUGGAAAAUAAAUUUUUUGUUCUUGCCCUUGUUCGUAUGCUCCUGAGCCACGUGGCCACGCCGCCAAGCCCCGCCAAGCCGCCUCGCCGCCAAGCCCCGCCAAGCCGCCUCGCCCCAAGCCCAUUUUCAGCUGGGCAAGCCCAUUUUCAGGAGGCCGAGGCCAAGCCCAUUUUCACAUUUGCACGAGUGACGGUAUUUUAAAAAAUAAAUAUAAAUAGUACCCGUUUUAGACGCUUCCCUCUCUCCUCCUUUCAAAUUCCGCUCAUUUGAUCUCUCUCAUUCCCCCAAUUCCAAUUCCGUUCUCCUGCUCUGAUUCCUCACAAACCCUACCCUUAAAUCUGAGAAGAGUCAUGUCUAAAAACGAGUCCAAUCCAAACACCAUUGAAGAACCACCAGUGACACCAUUGAGUGAGGAGAUUCAAAAUUUAAUUAAUGAACCUCGAAGCAUUCCCUCAAUGGAGGAGUUGAUUGGAACGGCACUUCCUACUCCUCGUUCAUCCUCAACGUUGAUGACUCCAUUGCAAAAUCAGCAGACACUUCCAAGAUCUGACACUACAAAGGUGCCAAACCCUUCUGUUCAUGAAUCGUCAACAGCUGCGAUACGUAUAGACACGGGUCAGUUGAAUGUUGAUCCUAGUCAAGAUGAACAGAGAAAGCGGAAAGGUGCUUUUGGUCCUGUUCCUCGGGAAGUACAGCAAAAACGAACCAAGGAAAGAAGUGAGGGGUCCAUUCAGACUAAAUCUAUUGGUUCGGAUUUAUCAUCUCAUAUAGCACGAACUGGCAGAUAUACAGUGGAGGCUCCUAUUUUUUCUUCUUCAGUGCCUACUCUUACAUCAAUGGAGUAUUUUAUACCUCAAAAUCAGGAGACAAUCCCACCAUCUCUUACUACGGACGAAGUGAACCCUUCUGCGCAGAAGACUACAUCAGAGUCUAAUAAAACUGAAGCUCCCGGUACCUCUACGGACACAGGGAACCCUUCUGCGCAAAAGACUACUUCAGAGUCUACAGAAGCUCCCGGGUUAACGGACUCUCCUCCUGCUGAAACUCCGGUUCCGAUAUUGUCAACUUUUAUUAAAGUUCCUGUUGAAGCCCUUGGGAAUUUCGACAAAGGAAGAGCUGAUUGCUGGGUUGAGUUGCUUAAACAUGCCUCUAUUAUCCGCCAUCCCCAGCCCCAUUAACCAAAUUCUGUCGUUCGAAAACCUGUUUUCUUGUUUGUAACUGAGCAUUUGUUUGUAACUGAGCAUUGUUGAUUUUCUUAUGUUUGAUACAUUUGUAAAUUUUACCUAGACUAUUCUGCCUUUCGAAAACCUGUUUUCUUGCUCUAAACUGAGCACAGUUGAUUUUUUUAUGUUUGAUACAUUUGUGAAUUUUACCUAGACUAAUAAUACUUGCUUUUGGAUCUGUUAUUGCAGUAAG